AUGGAAUUAAUGCUAGACUUAUUGAUGUACCCCAAGAACCCUAAAAUGGUUGUGGGAUGCCUCACUGAGCAUGACAACAAGGUCCUACUCUGCAAGCGAAAUAUCCAACCAUCAUAUGGUCUUUGGAUCCUUCCUGCUGGUUACUUGGAAAUUUGUGAGUCGGACUCUGAAGGGGCAAUCAGGGAAACCUGUGAAGAAGUAAGUGCAGAAGUAGAGUCGGCGUCACCUUUUGCUCAAUUAGACAUCCCUCUUAUUGGCCAAACGUACAUAAUUUUCUUGACAAAGUUGAAGAAGCCUCAUUUUUCACCAGGUCCGGAGUCAUUCGAGUCCUGGCUUUUUUCGCUUAAUGAUAUACCUUGUGAUUCUUGGAGUUUUUCAGGCCUAUCCUUAUAUGUUUUGAACAUUUAUACUGAGGAUGUUAAAGCCGGAAUACUAAGAUUUCACUAUGGUACCAUUAACAAAAGGCCUGGCACAAGCCCUUCUGAUGUCCAUGCCUUUACACUGGAUUAUCAUUUGCAGUCCUGAAAGAUGAUGAUUCCUUUGCCUUUUUCUGAGAUGAUUAGCAACAAACAACACAUCAAAUGCUUAACUCCUGGGGUGUCCACAUAAGACUAAUCCAUUUAGGGUUCGUAGGCCCUUCUAACAAUGCCUUCUUCACAAAUCGAAUCUGAGUUCUCUUUAGCGGGUUUUAUGGCCGCACUCAACACAGCACUCAAAGCUUGUUAGUGUUAUUACAAUUUUUUUUAAAGAAGGAAGGUAAAUUGGGAG